GAAGUGUCAGGGGCCUGUGGACUCCCGGUGUUCACUGCGUCUCCAGGGGCCCCAGCCCCCCUCGCUGCCCUUCGAUGGAGAAACUGAGGCACAGAGCGGAGUGACUUGGAACAGACGGAUACUGGACAGAGGCCAGCAGGGUCUCCUCAGAGGCCACCAGGAUGUCAUAUUUUGGGGAACAUUUCUGGGGCCCGCUGUCCCUUGCCACCUGCAGGGCUCAGAUUCUCGCAUGGCCUCUGAAUGACCGUGUGAUGGCCGGGAGGUGGUGUCCUCUGGCUGUUAUCGGAACCGCUGUCCUGCAGCGCUGUCCUGCAGCGCUGUCCUGCAGCGCUGUCCUGCAGCGGCAGCCUAGGAGACGCCCAUCGCGGGGGUGGUGGCAGUUGCUCCUGCAGGAUUCCACGAGAGGUUCUGAUCGGACACAGGCCCUGGACGCCUCUCCGCAGACCCUCGGCUGUCCGCCCACUUCUCGGAGGCAGACAGCACUGAGGACUUGCCAGGUCCGGGAAACGGGCCAGUGGCUGGCUCUGUUCGCCCCAGAUAACGGCCUGGGCGGCCGUGCCCGGUGCAGCCUCACCCGAGGAUCCCCAGCAGCGGCAGGUGGGCUCAGUGGGAGCUGUGUCAUUACCCAGAGGGCCUUUGUGUCCAGCAGAGUACCAGACACGUCUCACCCACAAAGCCGUCGUGUGGCAGUCGCUACCAUCGCCACCAUUUUCCAUAGGCGAGAACUAGGGCUGGGGGUGCAGCCGCCACCCCAAAGUCGACCAGCGCACUCCAGUUGGUGGGGUGGAGGGCCGGGCUGUGACCCUGAGGGGAGGCCGGAGCUCUGCAGCCAUGGGGCCGUGGGAUGGGUGGAAGCCGGCGGGUCCAGGAGGAAGCUAAGAGCUGAGGGUGACAAGAACCACGGCUUUGAGGUCCUCUACCAUUGUGUGAAGCAGGGCCCUGUGGCCACCAAGGAGCUGGCUGACUUCAUCAGGGAGAGGGCCAGCAUCGAAGAGACAUACUCGAAGGCCAUGGCCAAGCUGUCCAAGCUGGCCAGCAAUGGGACCCCCAUGGGGACCUUCGCCCCGCUCUGGGAGGUCUUCCGCGUGUCCUCCGACAAGCUGGCGCUCUGCCACCUGGAGCUGACGAGGAAGCUUCACGACCUCCUCAAGGACGUGCUGCGAUACGGGGAGGAGCAGCUCAAGGCCCACAAAAAGUGCAAGGAGGAGGUUCUGGGCACUGUGGAUGCGGUGCAGGUGCUGGCCAGCGUGGGUCAGCUCCUGCCAAAGUCUCGGGAGAAUUACCUGAGCCGCUGCAUGGACCUGGAGCGGAUGCGCAGAGAGAACACCAGCCAGAAGGAGAUGGACAAGGCAGAAUCCAAAAGCAAGAAGGCGGCCGACAGCCUGAGGCGCUCUGUGGAUAAGUACAACUCCGCCCGGGCGGACUUCGAGACCAAGAUGCUAGAGUCCGCCCUGCGCUUCCAGGCCAUGGAGGAGGCGCACCUGCAGCACAUGAAGGCCUUGCUGGGCUCCUAUGCGCACUCGGUGGAGGACACCCACGUGCAGAUCGGGCAGGUGCAUGAGGAAUUCAAGCAGAACGUGGAGAAUGUGACGGUGGACAUGCUCCUCCGGAAGUUUGCCGAGAGCAAGGGCACCGGCCGCGAGAAGCCCGGGCCUCUGGACUUCGAUGCCUACAGCACAGCUGCCCUGCAGGAAGCAAUGAAGCGUCUCCGAGGAGCCAAGGCCUUCCGCCUUCCGGGACUGAGCCGGCGGGAGCCCCGUGCAUCUGUUGACUUCCUGGAGUCUGAUUCAGGGGUGCCUCCAGAGGUGGAUGACGAAGGCUUCACUGUGCGCCCCGAUGUGUCUCAAAGCAGCACGGCCGAGCCCCCGCGACUCUCCUCUAGUGACUCUGAUUUUGACGACGAGGAGCCUAGGAAGUUCUACGUUCACAUCAAGCCAGCCCCCACCCGCACUGUGGCCUGCAGCUCCGAGGCCGCCGCUGCCCAGCUCAGGGCCACAGCUGGCAGCCUCAUCCUCCCGCCAGGCCCAGGGGGCACCAUGAAACGUCACUCGUCACGGGACACUUCUGGGAAGCCACAGAGACCUCGGUCGGCCCCACGGACCGGCAGCUGUGCCGAGAAGCCGCUGGCGUCGGAGGAGCCGCUGUCUAAGAGCCUCUUCGGGCCGCCGCUGGAGUCCGCCUUCGACCAUGAGGACUUCACGGGUAGAGGGGGCUCCAGCAGCCUGGGCUUCACGUCCAGCCCGUCCCCGUUCUCUUCCUCGUCCCCCGAGAACGUGGAGGACUCGGGCCUAGACUCCCCAUCGCACGCUGCCCCCGGCCCGUCCCCUGAGUCCUGGGUCCCCCGGCCAGGCACCCCGCAGAGCCCACCCACCUGCAGGACGCAGCACCCUGAGGCCAGGGGCCCGAUGCCCCGUGCACCCUCGCCAGGCCCCUGGGGGCCAGAGGCAGGCGCAGACUCCACGAUGCCUGCUGAGUCCACCACCCGGGAGGGUCUGGCUGCGCCACCCAGGAGACCUCGGUCCAGGAAAGUGUCCUGCCCACUCACCAGGAGCAACGGUGACCUGUGCCGGUCCCUCAGCCCCUCCCCGCUGGGAUCCUCUGCCCCGAGCAUCGCCCCGGAUCGGCCCAACUUCUCCACCCAGAUGGGACAUGGUAUCUCACGUGGCCCCAGCCCUGUGGUCCUGGGAUCCCAGGACACCCUGCCUGUGGCCACGGCCUUCACUGAGUACGUCCACGCCUAUUUCCGUGGUCACAGCCCCAGCUGCCUGGCUCGAAUCACCGGGGAGCUGACCAUGACCUUCCCCGCUGGCAUCGUGCGAGUGUUCAGUGGGACCCCACCCCCACCCGUCCUCAGCUUCCGGCUCGUGCACACGGCCCCCGUAGAACACUUUCAGCCCAACGCGGACUUGAUCUUCAGUGACCCCUCCCAGAGCGACCCGGAGACCAAAGACUUCUGGCUGAACAUGGCGGCGCUGACGGAGGCCCUGCAGCACCAGGCGGAGCAGAACCCCACGGCCUCCUACUACAACCUGGUGCUGCUGCGCUACCAGUUCUCCCGCCCUGGGCCCGAGUCGGUGCCCCUGCAGAUGAGCGCCCACUGGCAGUGCGGGCCCACGCUCACGCGGGUCACGGUGGAGUACAGCUACCGAGCGGGCGCCACCGCCGUGUCCACGCCGCUCACUAACGUCCAAAUCCUGCUGCCCGUGGGAGAACCGGUGGCCAGCGUGCGUCUGCAGCCUGCCGCCAGCUGGAGCACGGAGGAAAAGAGGUUCACGUGGAAGCUUCCAGACGUGUGUGAGGCAGGGGGCUCGGGACGCCUGUCGGCCAGCUGGCAGCCGCAGUCGGGGCCCAGCACCCCCAGCCCCGUGGCCGCGCAGUUCACCAGCGAGGGCGCCACGCUGUCCGGCCUGGACCUGGAGCUGCUGGGCGGCGGCUACCGCAUGUCCCUGGUCAAGCGGAGAUUCGCCACAGGGAUGUACCUCGCCAGCUGCUGAGGAGACGGUGCUCCCGGACCUCUGCCCUCCCACCCGCCACAGCUCCCUGAGCUCCCGGGCUGGACUCCUUGGAGAGCAGCCGCCGUCCCAGCCCGGCUGAGCCAAGACUCCUCCGUCCUCCCUCGCAAGCAGGCCCGGGCCUUUUCGUAUUCUUUAAAUAAUAAACACUUUUCUAACAAAAUAAGGAAUCCACGUUCCCAUUCUGUCUUCCAAAGCCAGCCCAGGAAGGGAGCGGGGUGGGGUUGGGGGGAAGUGGGGGGAGGUGCUGGUGCCCAUAAUGCAUUUCAUCUCCAGGGCUACCCUCUACCCUCUGUCCCCCGACUCACCUGACUCACAGCUUGGCUAAAUGGAGGACGAUUUCCUAAAGCAGCUGUUCUCAACCCUCCUAAGGCUGCGCCCCUUUGAUGCAGUUCCUCCGAGAUGAUGCCAGGGUUGCAGCCAUCUUAGCGAAGGGUCAGUCGGGGGCAGCAGGCCCUCGGACAAAUUGUUCUGAAAACAAACAAACAAACAAAAAACACCAGAGGGUGUGCUGCUCCUCGGCCCCUAGACCCAGACAAUUAGGAGCUGCACAAAAACAAGUUCCAUGGGUUGGGGAUUUAGCUCAGCGGUAGAGCGCGCUUGCAAGGCCCUGGGUUCGGUCCUCAGACAUUUCUGCCACAACCUAAAGGCUAUGACACAACACGACUGGCAUAGUAACAGAGCACCAGCUGUGUCCUGCGGGGUGUUUUCUGCUGUUGUAGAUUGUAUGCCACAGCUGUCGCAGGGAAGGAGUUUCCUGCAGAUAAAGAUGGGAAGUCUGACUGUCAGAGGAAACGGUCCGCCGGUGUGGUAGGUGACAUAAACUGCUACAGGAGAUGGCGAUUUCCUGCAGCUGCAACUCUCCCGUCAGCUCAGACCAAGCGUCUCUGACCUGAAGUGAGCACCGUCCUGAGCUUGUAUACAGAGUUGGAAUUCCCCUAGAUCUCCGGCCCUAACCACUGUAAAACCCGGCCCCACUACAAUAAAAGGACUGUUUUUGCAUUGGA